GACUCUUCCUCUGCUCAAGGUGUGGCUUCAGAAAGUAACAUUGACUUCCAAAAAAUUUUCAUAAACCUGGAUAGCAAGGAUGUCAUGUUCUCCCAGCCAACAUGUAGUAUUAACAUGUCAAACGAAGCAGUAGACAAAUGGAAUUACAUUCCAGAAGCACUGCAAGAGGUCAAUAACCACCUUUGGAGUGGAACAGUAGAAAAUAUGAGAAUAAAAGCAGCAGAGCAAAAGAAGGAAAAACCAAGUAAUGAUGUAGACAGAGAAAGCCGUAAAUGGCAGUCAGAAGACACAGAAGACCUAGCUGUGGAAAAAGAAGAAACAACAAUAGACACUGAUUGUUUGUUUGACCUGAUGACCUGUGAUGAGAUACCUCUGUCUGAUAUUAAUCUGAAAUCCCCAGAGGACAUAGAAAGGGAGUUGAUCUACACUGAUGAGGAAGACAUUUUCUACGAGUUUGCUGAUCCUAUGUUGUUCACAAGCACACAAUCGACACGUCAUGGCUUUGAAAAUGCAGAUGAUCUGAGCACUCCCCGCAGCAGUGCUUCGCCCCAGAUUGACAAACAGCUUUACAUGACCAUCCAGGAAGGCAGCACUUGCUACAGGGAGAACAACUACGCAGAAGCAGCAGAGCGAUACUCAACAGCACUGGAGCUUUGCAAUAAUGGUUUCGCUAUAGAACAUCCCUUUGAAUCAUCUCCAGAAGAUAUUUCCAGUAUUGCCAGUUUUAUUGAGGCAAAGCUUGUAAUCUGCUGCUUAAAACUGAAGAAGCCUGAUGAGGCUCUGAAUCAUUCACACAGGAGCAUUAUUCAGAACUCAGCCAAUUUCCGGAACCACCUGCGCCAAGCUGCUGUGUUUAGGCACUUAGAGAGAUACUCCGAAGCUGCAAGGAGCGCCAUGAUUGCUGACUAUAUUUACUGGCUGACAGGAGGCACCAAGCAGCAUAUAAGCAACCUCAUCAAAGAGUAUUGGCAGGGUAUGAUUCAAGAAGCCAUCGCUGGAGAAACAUCUUUUUCAGUUAUGUACACACCAUUCACGGGACAAGCCAAACCUGACAAACUAAAGCAGAUAAAGGACUUAUUUGCUAAAAAGCACCCUAUGUAUGUGCAGCACAUAUGUACAGAUCUUCAUGGAGUUCACAUGUUGCCACAGACAGCCACGUGGUCGUCGCCUCCCCAGCAGUACUUACUGACUCUGGGUUUCAGAAACAAGCAUACUGGAAAAGUCGUGGAAAGGUGUUUACAAAGAAGACUGCCAAUCUUUUCAGACCAGAAAGCACCUUUGCGCGUUCCCACGAAAGAAGAAACAGCAAGCUUUUGGGAAAGCACCGGGAACAGGAUAGCGAGAGUACAGGAUUUUAUAAGGAGCACCAAACUCACUGACUGUCUCUGUGCGUGUUCACGCGCAGUAGAGAAGUUGUAUUACGCCAGCAUCCUCGGCCGUUUGGAGAGAGUCGAGGAACAGUCCCAAGUGGUUAAUCAAGCAAUGGCUGAGCUAGCAACCGUUCCCUACCUGCAGGACGUCACUCAGAAGGAUGCCGAACUACUGCAGUCACUAAUGGCAGAUGCCAUGGACACCCUUGCAGGAAGAAGUGAUGGAGAACGUGCGUGGAAUGAAAUUGAGAAGGUUGGACUAAUUGAAGACUACUUAUAUCGAGCAGAAGACGCUUACUUACAGAACAAAGGACGGAAAACCUGAAGAUGGAAACAGCCAAUGAAGAGGACUCAAGAGGAAUAUUAGAGCAUAGGAAAUAUGAAACUGUCCCUCACCAGCCCUAAAGACAUGGUUACAUAG